AUGACGUCCAAGUUCUUCUGCCUCCGUUCAGCGCGUCUCGCUGCGCGUUACCCGUGCCCGCGACGAACAUUUGCUUCAGCCGCCUCUAGCCGCGCAGACCACGUUCGCAUUGUGGAAGUUGGGCCACGCGAUGGGUUGCAGAAUGAGAAGCAGACAAUACCGCUGGCGACCAAGAUAGAGCUGAUUGAGAGACUCGCCAAGACUGGUCUGACUACCAUUGAGGCAGGCUCCUUCGUCUCGCCCAAAUGGGUACCACAGAUGGCCAAUUCGGCUGAGAUCCUCGAACACGUCCUCUCUCGAACGCCCCAAUCUCCGCAUCCGAUCACGUACCAAUGGCUCCUUCCGAACGUCAAGGGCUUCGACAACUUCCUCUCCAUGUGGCAGUCCAAGUCGCAGGCAGGACAGGAUGCAUACCCAACACCUCCACCAUCCCCAGGCACAGACAACGGACCAGCUCUAAACACCUCCUCCUCAGACCCCAACGCCAUGCUCUCCGCCUCCUCCGGCGCUGAAGCCAUGAACGCGAGCCGCGACACCCAAGCCCCCAUCCACGAACUCUCCAUCUUCACCGCCGCGACCGAAUCCUUCACCCAGAAGAACACAAAUUGCUCCAUCGCCGAGUCGCUACAACGCUUCGAGCCCAUCAUGUCAAAAGCAAAGGAAAUGGACCUCAAAGUACGGGCCUACAUUUCCGUCGCCCUUGGCUGUCCCUACGAAGGCCCAGAUGUAGAUCCACACAAGGUCGCAGAGCUAGCAGUGAGCUUACUGGAGAUGGGCGCAGACGAGAUCUCAGUCGCAGACACCACAGGCAUGGGCACCGCGCCGAAGACCCUCGAGCUACUCAAGACGUUGAACGCCGCUGGUGUGAACAAGGAUGACCUAGCACUCCACUUCCACGACACAUACGGCCAGGCGCUCGUCAACUCCGUCGUUGCCCUCGAACACGGUAUUCGUACGUUUGAUGCGGCGGUGGGUGGGCUGGGCGGUUGUCCAUUCAGUCCUGGUGCGACGGGGAAUGUGGCGACGGAGGACUUGGUGCAUUGCUUCCACAGUCUAGGUGCGAAGACUGGCGUUGAUCUCGAGGGGUUGGCAGAGGUGGGCGAGUGGAUAUCGAAGGAGUUGGGUCGGGGCAAUGAUAGUAGGGCGGGUAAGGCGACGUUAUCGAGGCUGAGAAAGGCGAGGGCGUAA